AGUUAUUAUUAAUUCUUGGUCAUGUAUCGCAAACCAACCAUGUCUUUACUCUGCAAACGUCCCUCUGCAGGGCUCUUGUCACCAUCACCGCUGAAAAGAAGUGUAUCUACUUCUCCGUACGGUCGCUCCCAUGUUUUCAAGCAACGUCUACCCAAAUUACCCAACCCAGUAGUUCCUCAUUUCCCUCAGCGUGUCGUUCGUGCGGACGGCUCAUCGUACAUGCAAUGGACCACAUCACCGCGUUCACGAAUAACCUUGACGCGCGAUACAACAAAUAACCCUCUUUGGAACGCUACCCAGCGUCUGAGCGGAGCAGUCGGGGAGGGAGGCAUAGAAGAUGAAGAGCAGGAGGGCACUGGUCGUUUGGGACGCUUCAGAAGAAGGUUUGGGCAGGAAGUCGGUGCGGGAGAGUGGACCGAACUUCAAGAGGGUAUUGAGGCUGAAGUAGAACCUCCGCUGAGCAAAAAGCAAAAGGCUGCCCCAAAGAAAUGAGUGCGUCGGUGCCUCGUCUCUUCGGCCCUUGUCAAAGCUCCUCGCAUCGGACUGUGUUGCAAGCCUACUUUGGUUGGCGCUUGUCAUUUUAUCGCUGAGACGCACAUUCACACCUUAUCAAGCGAAUUUAACUAUGUUUC